GGGAGGAGCGAGGGGAUGCGGAGGCGGGGCUUCCUGGGAGGAGCGAGAGCACGCGGAGGUGGAGCGUCCCGAGAGGGGCGAGCGCCGGGUGGGCCGGGCCUCCUCGUCCCAGGCCAGCCAGAGAGGAGGCCGCGGGCACAGCGCCACCUGUCGCCGGAGGACGAGGUCGGAGUCCUGUUCCCGGCGGGCCCCUGCUGUUCUAGCCUCCCAGGCCCGCACCGAGCGCCAUGGCCCAGCCACCGCCUGACGUCAGCGAGGACGACUGUCUCCCGGAGUACCGCCACCUCUUCUGUCCGGACUUGCUUCGGGACAAGGUAGCCUUCAUCACAGGCGGCGGCUCUGGAAUCGGGUUCCGGAUUGCUGAGAUUUUCAUGCGGCACGGCUGCCACACAGUCAUCGCCAGCAGAAGUCUUCCCAGAGUGUCGAUGGCUGCCAGAAAGCUGGCUGCUGCCACUGGCCAGAAGUGCCUCCCUUUAUCUCUGGACGUCCGAGCUCCCCUGGCCAUCAUGGCAGCCGUGGAGCAGGCUCUGAAGGAGUUCGGGAAGAUCGACAUUCUCAUUAACUGUGCAGCCGGGAACUUCCUGUGCCCUGCCAGUGCCUUGUCCUCCAACGCCUUCAAGACCGUGAUGGACAUCGACACCUUGGGCACCUUCAACGUGUCUCGCGUACUCUACGAGAAGUUCUUCCAUCGCCAUGGAGGGGUGAUCGUGAACAUCACUGCAACCCUGGGUACCCGCGGGCAGGUGCUCCAAGUGCAUGCAGGCUCUGCCAAGGCGGCCGUGGAUGCGAUGACACGGCACCUGGCUGUGGAGUGGGGCCCCCAGAACAUCCGCGUCAACAGCCUUGCCCCCGGCCCCAUCAGCGGCACAGAGGGCUUCCGGCGGCUGGGUGGCCCACAGGCCAGCAUGAGGGCAAAGGUCCUGGCAAGCCCCCUGCAGAGGCUGGGGAACAAGACGGAGAUCGCCCACAGCGCCCUCUUCCUGGCCAGCCCUUUGGCAUCCUAUGUGACGGGGGCCCUGCUGGUGGUUGAUGGUGGGGCCUGGCUGACAUUUCCUAACGACAUCCAGUCGCUGGCGGACUUCUCAUCCUUCUCUGCUAAGCUCUAGGCAGGGGACAGUGUGCUGCAGAGGAGCUGGUCCACACCUGCUCUCGGAUCCCUGCGACCUGCCUCCCGCCUGCCCAGCCUGAGCGCCAAACCUGACAAUUCCAACAAGAGUGUCUGAAGCAGAGACUGGCCUUUCCUCUAGGAACCGUGCUGCAUCCACAUUCCCUCCUCAUGGCCCUGUCUCCCAUGCAUGGGGGGCAGGGACUAGGCAGUGUGGCUGGCCUGCUGACCUGCUCACACACGCCGGGGAGGUCUGGGUUCCAGCGCUUCGAGAGUGUUGAGGAGGCCAGGACGCAGGGGUGUCCCCCUUGCACAACCCAGGGUCAGGGCUGUCCCGCCACCCCAGCCCCUGCCUAGGCUGGCCUCCUUUCCCCUCCUGCCUGCAUCCAGUGGGUGUCCUGAGGUGGCUCCCAUGGCCUGGGUGGAGAGAAGGGGGCAUUUCAGGCUAUCUUCUCUUCCUUGCUCUCCCGCUUUGAGACCUUUGCUUGGCAAAGAGAUGCCAAACUAGGGAGGCUGGAGAAGCGUGUUUAAGCCUCUCCACAAGACCUGUGUCCUGGGUCCUGUUCCCGGGGGUGUAGGCUGCAGAAGGGACCUCUGCCAGCCUCCAGUGACACGGGCAGGGUUGCUCCCCACCUGCCCUGGAGUCUGUCCUUUGCUGGGACAUCCCCAGAGGACUUAGUCCUUGGUCAUUUAGGGGCUCACUUUCUAGGUCCUCCAGGUGGCCUGUCCCCAUUGUCACCAGUACCCUCCCUCAGGCCCAGGGGGUGGGGGAUCUCUGGACCCUCAAUUCUUCCCCAAUGACCACUCUUUGACACACAUCCAGGCCAGGACCUAAGGCGGCCACUUGGAUCCUGGGCUUGUUUUCUGUGCUGUUUGUUACAAACUUCAAGGUGCUCAAAGCUGUUGGUCUGCCCUCUGGCUGGACAUGCGGCUUGGGUGCCCCCUUCCUCCCUGCCCCCAUCUGUACCGUCCAUUUGCAUAAGCACGGGUCCUAGAGUUUUGCCAGAAAAUGCAUUUACUUAAAAAAUAAUCAUUUUCCUGUGAAAAUAUCUAUUCAUUGGACUUCACAAAUGUUUUUAGAAGGAGGAGGAGGGCACCUGAACAGAAUCACUGGUGAUCUGGGCGUUUAGUGGUGUGUCUACUUCCUGUCUUUUUCCUGUGAAGAGUUUAGAAAACACUUUUUACCUAAUAGGUGAAGCCCUGGUCCUGAGGCAGGGGAAGCCCACCCUGAGGCGAGGGGAGGCUGUCUGCUCCCCUGGUGGGAGGGGUGUCCUCCACAGCUGGUCCUGGAGGGGGGCGGGGGGCGCUGCCUGCCCUGCAAGCUCCUGGUGCUGCCACUAGAGUCCUGAGCUUGAGCCCUCUGCCCCAGAUAUCCACACCCACCUGAGUUCCUUCCCGCCUUCAUGGGUGCAGGGGCAUGGCAGGGAGGCCACCGGACAGAAGGAGCUCCGCUUGCCAUUUAAACAGAGACCAGGGUGUGGUGGCAUCAAGUCUACCAGCAAGGCAGGCAGAUGGGCGCUCGUGAUGCCACGGGAGGAGGAAAGAACCAUGAAGGCAGUUCCUGGGGAGCUGCAACCAUAGACCCCACGUGCCAGAGAGCUGAGGCCUGCCGUCCCUGGAGGAGACAGAGAAGGCCCUGGGGAGGGUGUCCCGCCAGCCACAUUCAAAGGCCUGGGACUCAACAGCAGCGUAGCUCCAGGAGGACAGAAGAGAAUGAAAGGAGUGAGCCUUUUAUUACUGUUAGUCAGGAUUCUCCAGGAAACAGAGCCAGUAGGAUAUAUAUAGAUCUGCAGGAGGAGAUUUAUUAUAGGGACUGGCUCAUGUGACUGUGGGGGCUGAGAAGUCCCAUGAUCUGCCAACUGCAAGCUGGAGACCCGGCAAAGCAGAUGGCGUGAUUCAGUCUGAGCCCGAAGGCCCAAGAACCAGGGGCUCCGACAGCCAAGGGCACCGGAAGGUGGAUGUCCCCGCUCAAGCAGAGAGCGAGGGAACUUGCCCUUUCUCAGCUCACACUGAUGAAGUCAGGUCUUCCAUCUACUGAAUCAAAUGCUAAUCUCUGAGAAAUACCCAGAGAUACCGAUCUACCAGCUAUCUGGGCACACAUUAGCCCCGUAAAGCUGACACAAAGUUAAACAUCACAGUUGCACACACCAUGAGGUCCGUGCCCAUGCUCAUCGUCUGCAUGUGGUGGUCAGUUUGGCUGUAAGGAAUCUGCCUUGCUGUUUGGCUUAGUCCACCAGCCCCGGCUGUCAUCCUGCAGGUCCAGGACACCUGCUGGGGGCUUGUGGGUCACGGGCACACCUGGCGCGUUUCACUUGCCAGGUGGGCUCUGGGACGAGCUGGCAAAGGAGGGCCAGGUGCACGUGGUGAGGGAGUUAACACCGGCCCCAGCAGUGGCACUCGGACUUGGUGGCAGUUGGCAGAGAACUAGGUUGUCCCCUUCCACAUUAACAAUCUCUACAAUUCCCUUAGAAAAUGCCAGGUUCCCUGAAAGGAAGGAUCAUCUUUUAUGUGUGAACCUCAGCUGUGGAAGCUGAUUUACAGACCCCGCCCACUCCGAGUCCCCCUUCCAUGGCAUGAGGAUGCCUCACGUCUUUUCAGAACUACACAUAAAAACAUCACGGCCGGGCUUCUCUGGUGGCACGGUGGUUAAGAAUCCGCCUGCCAAUGCAAGGGACAUGGGUUCGAGCCCUGGCCUGGGAAGAUCCCACAUGCUGCGGAGCAACUAAGCCCGUGCGCCGUAACUACUGAGCCUGUGCUCUAGAGCCCGCGAGCUACAACUACUGAAGCCUGUGUGCCUAGAGCCUGUGUUCUGCAACGAGAAGCCACAACAAUGAGAAGCCCGCGCACCGCAACGAAGAGUAGCCCCUGCUCUCCGCAACUAGAGAAAGCCCGUGUGCAGAAAUGAAGACCCAACACAGCCAAAACAAAAACAAAACAAAACAAAUAAGUUAAUUAAAAAAAUAAACAGGAAACAUCAUGGCUACAGCAUAGGGCUGCCCACCACUGGGGUGCAGCCUUCCAGCCCCUGCUCCACGUUGUACAUUUUUAUUUUUAUUUUAUUUUAUUUUUUGGCUGUGUGUCUUCAUUUCUGUGCGAGCGGGGGGCCCCUCUUCAUCGCUGUGCGCGGGCCUCUCACUAUCGUGGCCUCUCUUGUUGCGGAGCACAGGCUCCAGACGCGCAGACUCAGUAGUUGUGGCUCACAGGCCCAGUUGCUCCGCAGCAUGUGGGAUCUUCCCAGACCAGGGCUCGAACCCGUGUCCCCUGCAUUGGCAGGCAGAUUCUCAACCACUGCGCCACCAGGGAAGCCCUGUACAGUUUUUUGAAUGAAUAUGUGAAUGACCCCUGUGUGUUGUGAGCCACAGAAGGUGUCCCCGAGGCGUCGCCAUGAUGCAGUGAACUUUAAAAUUCACUUAACUAAACUGUUAACUUGGGGGAGUUUGGGGGAGUUUCUCUGCCGACUCCUGUUGCCAUGGUAACUUGGUAAAACUCACUGGCUUGCCUGUGCUUUGUCUGCGGUCACCCUGGAAAGGGCUGGAGGUCGUGCUUUUUUGUUUCUUGGUCCCUUGGUUGGCAUCCUCCACACGUAGGUCUCUGGUGGCCCCGCGCACUGUGGGACCUGCCAGGGGUGGGCCACUCAGAUGGAGGAGGAGACUUGGGAGGUUGAGGCUGACCUCGCCCGGAUGCGGUCCACCCACUAGGUGCACACUGAGCCCUUUGCCUGGUGCCCUGGCUGGGGGCUGGCACAAGCACGACUGUCCCUCCGGAACUUCCUCUCGGCCAUGCACGUGGGCUCGCGGAGUGAAGCAGGGAGAGAUGGUAAAUCCCCAAGCACCUUGCCAGUUGGAGGCUCAGCAGAUGUUCCCCUCUCCUCUGACCCUCACAUUGCUUUGUCCUUCUCAUGUGGGUCAAACUGAGCCUGCCUUGCAGUGGUCACGCCCCCACCCUGGGCUGUGUGUCCAGGCGGGGUCCUGCUCACCCCUGGCUCUGCCCCGAGGCCCGAUCAUGCUGCAGCCGGGCAGCCGUGUCCUCUUGAGCAGGGCAGAGGGGCUCUCCGGGGUCAGGGCUUCCCAGGCCGGGGAGGGGACUGGGCGUGGGCCCCUUGGGGCAUUUCCCUCUGGGCACUUAGGCUGGUCUCUGCUGGAUGCUGCAACAGAUACAAAGAGGGGAUGUGGGGGGAGAUCCUGGGAAGUUCACAGGCUCCAGGGGUGGGAUGCACUGGAGCUUGGGGACAAAGCUGGGGCCCAGGGUUCGGGGGUUCUUCCUUCUCCCACUUGACUUGCCCUGUUAACCUGCCCCUCCCCUCGCUGCCCUUCUGCUCUCUCUGCCCAGGUCCCAGCUGCCCUGUGUGCAAGCUGUAGCCCAGCCCCCUGAAAAGAGACGGCAUUCCUUCUGUCAGACACACAUCCCGGUUCUUGGGAAAGGUGCUCCCUUCGGGUCAGGGUCUGGCUCUUGCUCAAUAAACCAUGGCCAAGGGUUGACUGCAUUAUAUGAACCUGGCAACUCCCACUGCUUCUAGAAAACGCGUGUGAGCAGGCAUCCCAUGUGGGUCCUGACUCACAUCAAACACACUCACUAGAAACCAAUGUGUAGACCAGCGUGCUGAGAAUGUGUGUGUGCGUGUGUGUGUGUGUGAGAUCGCAUGAGUCUCAGGUCCCCUCUCUGGCAAAACCCGAGGGCCAGUGGGAGAUGGCAGAGGCUCCCUGCUCACCUCUUGGGCCAGAGUUCUGCCCAACUCGGCUCUUCUGUCCUAGGGGCCGUGGGGGACCAGAUCCUUCUUUGGACUUCCCUUUUCCUUGAUUGUGCUAAUCGAGCCCUUCAAGGGAACAGCCCCUCAGAUGGGAUUGCUGGAUUUCAUGUUUACCGCUGCAUCCUGGUCCAGGUCUCUGGGAUUAGACCUACAUUACCCUGUCAGCAGACAGAGGUUUCUAUAACUCUUCAGUCAUUUAUUUACUGAUUAUCUUGCAUUAUUUCCUAGGUGACACAUGUUAUUAGUAUGGAGUUCCUUAACUCAACUCCCAGAGCAUAACUUUAUUUUCACAUUUUGGAGUAUUUGGGGGGCACCUCAUCGCAUCCCUACAUCAGAGCAUCUCAAUGAGACAGCACCUGACAGGCGUCUGCUGAAGAAGGAAUAAGGAAUGUUAGAAAUAUGCAGAAUUAACCUUUAACUUUUCCACCAUCACAUGUAAUUUGGACAAUUUUUACCCCAUGGGAGGAGAAUGGUGUGAAUUAUAUCUUCACCUCUGGAAAAUGUGACCCGAGGCUAAGAAAGGAAGUUCUGAAUCUGCGUACAAACCUCUCCCAGCCUGGUGCUUGGCGCCCAUCCCCCUGCCGUGGGCUGUGAUUCUGGCUGCAGGGGAGGCGUGGGAGGUGUGGGAUUUGGGCGCUGUGGGGACUGGAGAUGCCUGUCCUCACAGGAAGAUGGGACCAGGUGCCAGCAACUGCAGAGUGAAAUGUUAAAAUAAGAAAAUCAUCCAAACCUCGGCUGAGUCAGGAGGAAUUAAAUUGUGCCUUACAAACUCAUGGUCUAUUUUUACUCUAAGAAAUGUACUUUACUAAACUUGAAGGUGAGAAAAAAAUCCUUCCCCACUGAAUAAAUAUCAGUAAACAGGAGUAUGGACUGUGCUCUUGGCUUCAGGAGGCCACGGGGAGGGUGCGUGUGAUCUAGACCUAAAAUUGACUCUGUUCUCAGUUUACUUACUCUACACAAAAUGUAUAUGUAGUUUUUAAAAUUUUUAUAUUGAAAAUAUUUGGCCAGCAGUUUGUAGCUUGAUUGAGGUAUAACUGACAUUCAGAAGACCGCACAUGAGUGAAAUCUACAGUUUGGUGAGUUCUGACAUUUCUACAUCCGUGAAACCAUCACCACAAUUAAGAGGAUGAACAUACCCAUCGCCUGUAAAACGCCUCCUCCCGCCCCUUGGAAACCCCCUCAUUUCUCCCUGCCCCUUCAUCCCAGGUGACCCAGCCAGGAUGGCAGUUCAGGACUGGGAGGGGGAGGCCAGCCUCUUCUGGGUGGGAGGAGAAGGUGGGACAGGAGGUAGAGGUGCUGAGCCCUCAGCCAGGUCCAGAACCCCUUUCCUGGGGCGCCCAGUGGCAGGCUGUUUGGUGGCCCUGCUCCUCCCUUGCUCUGGCCCCAUCACGGGCCUGUGGCAGGUCACUUCGUCCUCCAGAAUAAAGCUCUGCCCCCUCCUGCUGUCCAUCUCCAGGGCAUAUCCAUGGCCUCCCUGGGGCACUAGGUCCACCACUGGCCAGCUGAGAGGCUUCCCCUUGACUGCGGGCUGGCUCCUUCUGGAGCUCUGGGUGGAGGGCUUGCUCCAAAUGCAGAUGUCCGGCCCAGCACAGCCCGUAGUGCUCGCUGAGAAGGGACCUGUCACAGAAGCAUCUGUCCUGUCCCCAUGGGAGGUGGGCUUCUUUAGACGCCCCGAGAACUGUUCCACAACUCUCUGGUCUGGGUUCCCAACAUCACUCCACCUUGGACACAACUUACUUUCAAUCUUCAAAUGGCUGAUAGGGAUGGUCUCACAAAUAGGUGGUGGAAGAACAGAUGGUUCUGGGAAACCGGCUCAUUAAGUGAGAGAAACAAAAGUGGGUCCCUAUUUUACACCACAUUUUUUAAAAGUCCAGGGACUUCCCUGGUAGUGCAGUGGUUAAGAAUCUGCUUGCCAGGGCAGGGGACAUGGGUUCUAGCCCUGGUCCAGGAAGAUUCCACAUGCCGCAGAGCAACUAUGCCCACGUGCGCCACAACUUCUGAGCCUGCGCUCUAGAGCCUGCGAGCCACAACUACUGACCCCAUGUGCCACAACUACUGAAGCCCGUGCACCUAGAGCCUAUGCUCCACAACAAGAGAAGCCACCGCAAUGAGAAGCCCGCACACAACAACGAAGAGUAGCCCCCGCUCGCCGCAACUAGAGAAAGCCCGUGCCAGCAAUGAAGACCCAACGCAGCCAAAAAAAAAAAAAUUCCAAAUAGCUUAACGACAUACUUGAGAAAGGAAAAGCUAUAAAUAGAGGUGGAUAUCUUUGAGACUUUGGGUACAGGAUUUACUUACUGAAUUUAAAAAGUGUUUAAUUAUGAAAUCCUUAAAAUAUGUGGACAAGCCCAGACGCACAUGUACUCACCCGCCAGGUUUACCAGAUGUUGGUACUGUGUCCUGUUUAUUCCCAGUCUGCCUGUUUUGGGAGGAAAUAAAUGUUACAGGUACAGCUACCUUUUACCACUUUCCUCCUCUGUCCCCCUCAAUAUAAUUCCCACUUUCGUUGUGGUAUUUUUACUACAAAUGAAGGUGUUCAAAAACAAUAUAUGUAUUGAAACUUUGCAAAAAUGGUAUUACACAGUAUCUGUUCUGUAACUUGCUUUCUCACACAGCUUGUUUUAGAAGUCUGCCCAUGUGGUUGUGUGAGGAUGUGAUCCAUUUGCUGAAACUGCUCAGUAUUCCAUCACAACAGACUUCCCCUCAGCCAGCCAGCAAGCUCUUCACGGGACUACGGAAACCAGGGCUGCCUCAACACCCCUUUCCUUCCUCCUCUUGGACCUGAAGGUGGAGAAGCAGGAGUGCCAGGUUAAGGGGACACAGAGCUUCAGCUGUAUUAGUUCUGUGAAUCCCCACACUUGGUUGACAUCAGACUAAAUUUCUACUGGUUGAUGUCAAAUGCUAUCGUUACUCAUUCCCUUGAUUAUCAGUGUGGUUAAGCAUCUUUUUUUAUGUUUAUUGGCCAAUUGAGUUUCUUCCUCUGGAACUGCUUAUUUGUAUUCACUGCUGAUUUUUCUACUAGUUUGCUGUUCUUUUACUGUUUUAUGAGGAAUUCUUGUGUAUUCUGGAAAUAAAUCCAUUGUCAGUUACAUCUGUUUUAAAUAUCUCUUCCCGGUUGCUAUGGACUGAAUUGUGUCCCCCCAAAUUCAUGUGUUGAAGCCCUAGCCCCCAAAGCAAUGGUAUUUGGAGAUGGGGCCUUUUGGGAGAUAAUUACCAUUAGAUGAGUUCAUGUAGAUGACCUCCCAUGAUAGAAUUGCUGCCUUAUAAAAAGAGGAAGAGGGAGAAAUGGCUGUCUUCACCAUGCUAGGACACACCUAGAAGGAGACCCUCACCACAAGCUAGGAAGAGAGCUCUCAACAGGAAGGAAUUUGCUGGUGUGAAAAGUAAUGAAAGGAAACCUCACCAAAAUGGAACCAGGGUGCCAGACGGGGGAGCUUUCAUGCGCAUACCACUCAACAUCAGCACAGAUCCCAACAUGUCCCAGCAGGAAGGGAUACUACUUUACUACCCAGCAGGAGGAAGAAACAAUUUCUCUUUGACCAGCAACAGUCCAGCCAAUGAAAGACUGUCACAACUCAGCCAAUGAAAAGCCACUGCACCUAGAACUCCCAGUUUCCUCCAAUGGGCUCUUUGUUUAUGACAGCUCCUCUCAACUCCUCCUUCUCCCCUAUAAAAGCAUUUCCUUUCCUUUGCUGGACAUAGUUGCAUGUCUCCAAUUACAACUCUUUGUGGCUUCUGAGUAAACCCAUGUUGCUGGUAAAAUAACUGGCUUUUUAAUUGUUUUAGGUUAACACUGGCAUCUUGAUCUUGCAUUUCCCAGACUGCAGAAUUAUGAAAAAUAAAUGUGCUUUUUAACGAA